UGGAGUAGAAGCUAAGCAGCCCAACUCUGCCAUCAGGAAAUGUGUUAGAGUCCAGCUGAUUAAGAAUGGCAAAAAAAUAACAGCUUUUGUUCCCAAUGAUGGCUGCCUGAACUUCAUUGAGGAAAAUGAUGAAGUUCUGGUUGCUGGUUUCGGUCGGAAGGGUCAUGCUGUUGGUGACAUUCCUGGAGUUCGCUUCAAGGUUGUCAAAGUAGCCAAUGUUUCUCUGUUGGCCUUGUACAAGGGCAAGAAGGAGAGACCAAGGUCAUAA